AUGCUUUCGGGGACUGACGGCCCCGCGUACCCGAGUCGCCCAACUUCCAAGGUCAGCAGCCUGGAAGUUGAUGUCAUUGUUGCUCCUAUCAUAACUAGAAGUAUGAAACAGGGCGGUAGAGGGCAGCGGGCUGGCCCUCUUCGGAGCCGUCUGGAGGAAGAGCCUGAUGGGGUAAGCUGUGGGGCGAGCGGCGCAGCCCCCCGAGAUGGCACCGUAAGUCAAAUCUUGCAGCCCUUGAGAAGGGAAAGGAGGAGCAUCAGCUUGGACGGGAUUCGAACCCGUCCCGCUGAGGAUCCAUAUAGACAAGAUGGAAGAACACGAUGGAACGAAGAGGAAAAUAUCCUUCUAUUACGGGUUCAUUACAUCGCAAAGGACUUAGAACUCAAUAGGAACGCCAACUACAGACAGGCACUCACUAAUACCUGGAACGACUUGAACCCACUCAAACAGUCCUACGCCAACCUGCUAUCCAAUAGGGUCAGAUGGCUUUUGAACAACGAAAAGUUCACGGAAACCGAACUGUUCAACAUCAAGCUUAGCUGCUACCCGCGUGGCGCUGUAGUGGAUCACAAUGAAAACUCAGCCGAAGAAGCCCCUGCCCCCACACCACUGGCAAUGGAAAAUACACCUAAAGCUGACAGACUUGAACGGGCGCUGAUAAAAAAUUACCUUCUAUAUGCCGGGUUGCCGCCCGAGAGCAGACCGAGAAUACCAAGGCUGAAGGGCUCCAAAGUCAUGCUACAGAAAGUGAAGGACUUGAACGAUAUUAUGCAGACAAACUUACUGACCACCUGGAAGUUAGAAAAUGUAGUAGAUUACGUGUACGCGGGAGCAAUCACAAUCUGCUCAGAGCUGGGUAUAGAAAUCAAGAACACACAGCCUAAAAAGAAGGAAGCAGCUCCACCGUGGAAACACCGCCUGGAAAAGAAGAUUAAUGACAUGAGGAAAAAUAUUGGCAUAAUACAUACUUACCUGAAUUCGGAAGCACCAUCCAAAAGAGUCGAAAAACUGACACGCCGAAUAGCAUCAGCUUUUAAGAUCAAAGCUCGGAAUAACCGCUUCAGGGAGAGUGUAACAGAAAUAUACGACAGGCUGAAACAGAAAAUAAAAGUGUUAGGAAGUAGAUUACAAAGGUACAAUGAGAGAAUAAAAAGGUACCAAAACAACCAGCUCUACUACAGAAAUAAGCAGCAGUUCUUCCGCCUUCUAGAACAGGAAAUCACCGAUGAUGGAAGCGCGCCUACCGAAGAAUCCAUGCAUUCGUUCUGGAGUAAAAUAUGGGAAGAGGAUAAGAAGCAUGAUGACCGGGCACACUGGAUUAGGGAUGCAGAAGCAGAAUCUGCUAAGUUCCAAAUGGAAGACAUUAACAUCACCACGGAACACAUAAGAACAGCAUUGAAGAAGACGAACAACUGGUCUUCCCCAGGUGUGGAUAAAAUCCAAAACUAUUGGUGGAAACAUUUCACGGCCUCACACGAACACCUCGCAAGGCUUUUCCGGGAAACCCUCACAGACCCCACAAGGAUACCCGAAUUCUUCACGCUCGGAGUCACGCACAUGUUGCCAAAGGGAAUUAACACCACAGACCCCAAAAAAUACCAAAAAAUACCGGCCCAUCACCUGCCUACCAACCAUUUACAAGAUCUUAACAGGGGUACUAACCAGCCACAUCUGGCAACAUGUGAAUAA